AUGUAUAAAUUAAUUAAACCAUCAACUACUGCACUAUCAUAUUACUCCAAGUCUAGCAGUCAUUUGUUAGUUGGAGUUCAACAGAAUCAAUUUGUAUCAGCUGGUAAAAGAUUCUUUUCAAUCGAUCAACUCAAACAACAAACCAAGAAUCAAAAGUUGAUCAACUGGGUUGAAGAACAAGCCAAACUAUGUCAACCUGACAAGAUUCACAUUUGUGAUGGUACUGAAGAAGAAUUUCACAGAUUAACAAAUGAUUUGGUUGAUCAAGGAGUAUUAACAAAAUUAAAUUCAAAAAGACCAAAUAGUUUUUUGGCAAGAUCCGAUCCAAAUGAUGUAGCACGUGUAGAAUCGAGAACCUAUAUUUGUACCAAGAACAAGGACGAUGCAGGCCCAAACAACAACUGGAUGGCACCCAAUGACAUGAAAGAGACGCUCAAGCCAUUGUUUAAUGGCUCGAUGAAGGGUCGUACCAUGUAUGUGAUGCCGUACAGCAUGGGUCCAUUGGGAUCGCCCAUUUCACACAUUGGUGUGCAGAUUACAGACUCGCCAUUUGUAGUUGCCAACAUGAAGAUUAUGACUCGUAUGGGCCAACAAGUACUCGACAAGUUGGGUGCCAACGGCACGUUUGUACCAUGUUUGCACUCGGUCGGUGCUCCAUUGGCCAAGGGAGAAAAGGACUCUUUGUGGCCCUGUAACCCUACCAAAUACAUUGUUCACUAUCCCGAGGAACGUGCCAUUGUUUCGUUUGGUAGCGGGUAUGGAGGAAAUGCUCUGUUGGGUAAAAAAUGCUUUUCUCUGAGAAUAGCAUCGAGUAUGGCCAAGGAGGACGGAUGGCUCGCCGAGCACAUGCUGAUCCUUGGUAUCACCAGUCCAAAGGGUGAGAAAAAGUACAUUGCCGCCGCGUUCCCAUCGGCUUGUGGAAAGACCAAUUUGGCCAUGAUGACGCCCACUAUACCGGGCUGGACCGUCGAGACGGUGGGAGACGACAUUUGCUGGAUGAAGUUUGGUCCAGACGGCAAACUGUACGCUAUCAACCCGGAAAAUGGGUUCUUUGGUGUGGCACCAGGCACGAGCACAUCGUCCAACCCCAACGCCCUAAAGGCAAUCAAUCGCAACACGAUCUUUACCAAUGUUGCAUUGACACCCGACAAUGACGUGUGGUGGGAGGGUCUGGGAACUGCUCCACAAAAGGCGAUUGACUGGACGGGCAAGGAAUGGACACCUGCAUCGGGUCGUCCCGCAGCACACCCCAACUCGCGUUUCACCGCACCAGUCAGCCAGUGUCCAUCGAUUGACCCCAAGUGGAACGAUCCUCAAGGUGUCCCCAUCUCUGCCAUUAUCUUUGGUGGACGUCGUGCUUCCACUGUCCCACUCGUCUACCAAGCAUUCGACUGGCGCCACGGUACCUUUAUGGGUGCUAGUACUGCAUCCGAGUUGACAGCCGCCGCUGAAGGUUCGGUUGGUACCCUUCGUCACGACCCAUUUGCCAUGCUCCCAUUCUGUGGUUACAACAUGGGUGACUAUUUCACACAUUGGUUGUCGAUGGAGCAACGCACCAACUCUGCCAAAAACCUGCCCAAGAUCUUUUACGUCAACUGGUUCCGUAAAAACAAACAAGGCAAGUUCCUCUGGCCUGGAUUUGGUGAAAACUCGCGUGUCCUCAAAUGGAUCUUUGAACGUUGCAAUGCCAAGGGUGAAGAAGGUGCCCAAAUCGCCCCCAUUGGCUACAUCCCCGAACAAGACUCGCUCGACGUCAAGGGUCUCGACAUUUCCAAAGACAACCUUCGUGAAUUAUUCACCAUUGACAAAAAGGAAUGGCUCAAUGAUCUCUCUUCAAUGAAAAAGUAUUGUUCUCAAUUUGGUCCAAGAUUACCAAAAGAAAUUAAUAAUCAAAUGUCUGAUCUUGAAAAAAGAUUAUUAGAUUAUUAA